AUUGAUUUUUGAAGUGCAUCCUAGUUCUACAUUAUAAGGUUGCAUCCUUAUAUAAACUUUUUCUAAGUAAACUAGGAGUAAUUUAAAGACCCUAGAAUUUGGGGAUGCACACUCUCCAACCAUAGAUUAACUUUAAUCCAAAUUGUACUCUCCGCACACUUGAAAAAAUAAUCUGUUAAUGUUGAUUUCCAUGUAGUUUUUAAAACUUCACAUGGAAAAAAUAAAAUAAAAAAAUUACCAACUAGGUCAUCCGUCCGUAGGAGUAGUUGUAUAAUAGAAGCUCCUGCGGGAGCAUAAUGUAGACGCCAGAAAAGCGCAUGUCACAGAAAUUUGAUGCAAAGUCUCCCCUUGCAACUGUUGUAUUCUCUCUCUCAAAUUGCCGUGUUCUUUCUCUCUCUGCUGUUAAUGCCAGUAAAAAAGCAGUAUUAUCUCUCUCUAAACUGCUGUAUUCUUUCUCUCUCUGCUGCUAAUGCGAGUAAAAAACCAGCAUCUUCGUGCUAAUUGAUGUUGGGAAUUGAGCUAACUACUUCCCAUUUCCUAACAAUAACAUGUUCACAGCUUAGUUCUUCAAGCGUAAUUCACCAUGGCUUUCAUGGCCUUACCCCAUUCCUCAGCUCCUACAAUUCAACCCCAACGCACCAAGUCCAGGGAAAACCAGGCUCUCUCUCUCCUCAAAUCCACAGAGAAUCGAACUUUCUCUCUCCUCAGGUCCAUAGAAAAUCACACUUUCUCUCUCCUCCAAUCCUGCACCACCCUCGACCAAUUGUACCAGCUCCACGCCCACAUCCUCAAAAAUGGCAUUCACCACUCUAACUUUGUCAUAACCAAGUUUCUCUCUCUAAGUUUUGAAUUGGGGUGUUCGGAACUCGCACGCCAAGUCUUUGAUGACGUGCCGAAAUCUAACACUUUCUGCUAUAAUGCCAUGAUCAAAGGACUGGUUCAAACCAAUUCUCACCACGAAGCCAUUUGGGUCUUCAUGAAAAUGCUCAAUAAUGGUGUUCCACCCAAUAAUUAUACGUUUCCCUUCAUUUUGAAGGCUUGCUUUCAUCUCCAUGCCAUCGAAGAGGGCCGAGCCAUUCAUUCAUUGGUUUUUCGCUCUGGUUUCCCCUCUGAUGUGUAUGUACAAACUGCUUUAAUAGACUUCUAUGUUUCCUGUGGGCUUAUGGAUAAUGCAUGUCAAGUGUUUGAUAAUAUGUCUCAAAGAGACGUGGUCUCAUGGAACAUAAUGCUAUGUGGCCAUGUUAAGCAUGGUGAUAUGUUUCAUGCUCAUAAGAUAUUUGAUGAAAUGCCCCAAAGAAGUUUAGCUUCUUGGACCGCUAUAAUUGGUGGCUAUGUCCAAAAUGGGAAUUCUUUUGAAGCUCUCUCAUUGUUUCAAUCCAUGCAAUUGGAUGGCAUGAUACCCGAUAACAUGAUGCUUGUUACCAUGUUAUCUGCAUGUGCAUCAUUACGAUCACUAGAGAUGGGCAAGUGGGUCCAUGACUACAUGGACAAAAAUGGUUUUGUGAUUGAUGUUUUCGCAGGGACUGCACUCAUUGACAUGUACGCAAAGUGUGGGAGCAUCGAGGAUGCGAGAACUGUGUUCAACGUCAUUCCUGAGAGAAGUGUCUCUUGCUAUAAUGCAAUGAUCUCGGGUUUAGCCAUACAUGGUCUUGGAAAUGAGGCCGUUAGAGUCUUUAGUGAGAUGGAGAGUAAGGGAAUUGAGGUUGAUGAUAUUACCUUAAUCGCCAUCUUGAGCGCCUGCAGUCAUUCAGGAAUGGUUGAGGAGGGGUGCCGUCACUUCAAUUCAAUGAAAGAAGUUCAUGGUAUUGAACCCAAGAUGGAGCACUAUGGAUGCAUGGUUGAUCUUUUGGGUCGAGCUGGUCUGUUCAAUGAAGCGGUUAAGUUAGUUAAGAGCAUGCCAUUCAAGGCUGAUUCUGUAGUUUUAGGGACUUUGGCAUCUGCUUGUCAAUUACAUGGAAAUGUGGAGCUUGGGGAGAACGUGAUGAUGGAGCUAAGUGACUUGGAUCCAUUAAAUGGUGGGGUUUUCGUAUUGAAGUCGAACAUAUAUGCAGCUGGUGGGAGGUGGGAAGAAGCGGCUAGAGUGAGGAAAUUGAUGAAACAGAGAGGUAUUCAGAAGAAGCCAGGGUGUAGUUCAAUUGAGGUGAACAAUGCGCUUCAUGAGUUCACAGCAGGCGAUGACUCUCACCCGAGAUCAGAAGAGAUAUAUGCUAAGUUGGCUGAAUUGUAUAAACAGAUAAAGUCACUAGAGGAAUUGCAACAUUUUGCUCUGGAUGGUUGCUAGAUACUGUUUUUUUCUUUUUCUUUUUUCUUUCUUUUUUGCCCCCUCCCCCUCCCCCUCCCCCGGGGAAGAGUGAUGAUUAGUAAUAGUGUUUGAGAGGAAAAUGAAAUCUAAAUCAGUGCCCAAUGUAUUCUUCCCUUUGUGGGGGUAUGUAAAACCAUAUAUAUCCAGGGUGUAAAUUCUGGAUGAUCCUACACACCAGAUGUGAAGAUGAGAAUGUACAUUAUGCUAGGGAAGGAUACACCAUGGAAAGGAAAGAAAUGCCCUUGCAUGUUCUGAUACAAAUGAUUUUUUUUUUCUUUUUCUUCUCUUUUUUUGAAACAUUAACAUCUAUUUCUAUUUCCUUGCAAAACUGAUGUAUCGAGUGUCAUCCAUAAGAAAAUUAGAAAGGGCCAAGUCACAUUCAAUGAGGCUUUAUCGACUCCUUUGGCUAGCAGCUCAGCUUCCAGGUCCGUUGCUCCGCAAAAUCAACAUGCUACAUUGUCUAAAGAACUGAUACUGUUUUGGAUUUCAUCAAAAAUCUCUACCACGGGCAAUCACCUUUCGUUGCAGGCAGUAAAUAGUGUUACUUGAGUCUCCCUCGAUUAUUUGCCUUCGAUGGUUGUCCUGGAGUUGGCCUAAUCCCUGGAGCAAUAAUCUGGUCUUUGCUUCAUCUGCGGAGAUGGUAGGGAGUGGGCCUAAAAAUAUCGAUAUGCAUCUAUUUGUUGUUGUCCCCAAGGAGACCCCCUUUUCCUGCCAGUCACGGGCAACUUGUUGAAUUGCCAUCCAUUUAUUCAGUCUAUCUGUUGGGAAAGGCCUGAAGUAGUUAUUCACUAAGAAGUGAGAUGAAAAAUCGGCUGUAUCAUAUCCUCAGAAAUCCUCUCCAAACUUCAGCCAUGAUAGGAUAUUUGCCUUCACAUUGGUCUGAGCAUUGAGUGUAAAAAAGCCAUGCUCUUCCUCUCCGGCCUAAUGCAAAUAACAUUUAUUUUAUGCAGGAUUUUAGAAGUCGCUGAUCUAGAUUGGGAAUCGCCGAUUAAGAUUAGAUUUAGUGUCUUAGUUGUCUGAUUUCCCACCUAAAAAUCUACCCUAUUCUCUUUAAAACCUAUUAUUCCUUUUUUUGUUUUUUUAAAUUUCAGCUGGAUAACUGAUUUGGCCAAUUUAGAUCACGAGAUUCAGCCGGUAACAAUUAAUAUUGACCAUUGGAUUUAAAUUGAAUGUUUAUAUUUAUUCCA